AUGUCCAGGAGAGGAACUGCAUUCACCAAAGAGGAGGACUUGGUGGUGUGUUCGGCAUUUUUGAAUAUUAGCAAAGACCCUAUUACUGGUGUGAAUCAGACUUCAGGUGGUUAUUACAAGAGGAUGCAUGAUUAUUUCAAUGAGCAUAAGCCUGAAGGGUCCAACCAUAGCCAGAUUGCGAUUCAGCAUAGGUGGGCAUUGAUUCAGAAAGCAAUGAACAAGUUCUGUGGGCACAAAGAAGCUAUUGAUAGGCUGAAUGAGAGCGGAAAAAAUGAGCAGGAUCAGAUUGAUGAUGCUGUACAAAUGUACGAGAGGACAGAACCUUUUACCAUCAUGCAUUGCUAG